UGUAGUCAGCAGAGUAGUUAGCAGGGUACUGUACUUGGAGAGAUCAGUUUGCAUUGGUUUGACAGUGAAGUUGACUGGUUUUCAGAACUUGAUAGUGGUUUUCAUAAGGUGUUUGUUGUUUUCAGAGUGUACUGUACUGUAUUGUAGCAAUUAUAAUGUUGAUUACUCUGUUUCAGUGCUCUAUUUUAGGAAUUAUGCAUUUUUUACAGUACGUUGGUGCUCUGUUGUAGUGCUCUGUUUUAGGAAUUAUGCAUUUUUUUACAGUACAUUGGUGCCCUGUUUUAGUGCUCUGUUAAUUAAGCUAUUUUAAUUAUUUGUGUGUAGUUUGAAUGAUGAUGUUUGGGAAGUUAGAAUGCACUUCCAUGACAGAGACAAUUUGGAGAGAUCAGUUUGCAUUUCAGACGUAACAUAUUAUAAUUUGGUUGCCCUAAUAGAGACAGAGGGAUAUGGGCUUAAUGAUUUCAUGUAUUUUGUGAGGGAUCCUGGUGUGGGGAUUACAGGAAUGGAUGAAAUUUGUGAUGAUGAUAAGGUGGAUGAAAUGCUUGACCAUAUUGCUAACAAUGAUCAGCAUGUAGUGAACUUGACAGUGGUUAGGGGCACUGAUCCAAGACCUGCAGAUUUGAACUCAGGCUAUCUGGUUGAGGAGCAGGUUCCUUUGAGCCAUAUAGGAGAGAAUCCUGUGUAUGUAGUAAAUCCUUCUGGUGUUUUCUUAAGAUCACCACCAAAAAGUAUAAUACAGAGUCAGCCAAAGCCAUUGCAGUUCUACACUACACAGCAGAGCACAAACCAUGAUCUGGAUACAAAUGCUGCCAUGGACCAAUCCAAUGCAGCAGAUCAGGCUGAACUGGAGACAUUAAUGGAGUUGAAGAGGAGAACAAAGAUUGCCAAAUUUAGGAAACAUAAGAUUGCAGCUGAGCAUGUAAAUAAGGUUAAGAAGAAGCUACCAAUUCUUCUAACUGGAGAUGAUUCAGAUCUGGAUGCAGAUGAGGACUAUCUUCAGAGGCUUAAUGAGAUGAGGAAGCAAAGAGAGGAUCCACUCAUUCAUUUUGAUGGAGACACUGAUGUGGAUGAACUAUAUGAGGAAGAUGAGGAAGGGCAACAUGUGGAGGUGGAGCAAGAGGAGCAGGUGGAGCAAGAUGAGCAGGUGGAGCACGAAGAGGUGCCUACAAAGAAGAAGAAAGCUAGAAAAGGGCCAACAGAGAGGUCACAUUCUAGCUUGGAACAGAGAUUUGAGGAUGUUUGGGCACCAUCAUCAGAUGAGGAGCCAGAUCUUGGUGUUUUGAAGCAGGAAUAUGAUGAUGGAGCCGAGGAAGUACAAUUUGUUCUGCCCAAUGGAAGGAAGAGCAGAUCAGUGAGAUCUUUGCCAAGGAUCUGGUACAGUGAGGAGAGAGAGAACCCAGAGGAGCAGUUUUGCAGAAAACUUUGUUUCCUAAAUGUGUAUCAGUUUAGGAGAGCAAUUCAGACAUUGCACAUAACUCAUAAUAGGAAUUAUGAGUUCCACAGAAACUGCAAUGACAGCAUCAUAGUUGUGUGCAUAAAUGCAAAAUGCCCUUUCUUUAUUGCAACUUUGUUUGUUGCAAAUGAGACUACUUUUUGCAUAAGGAAGGCAAAUUUUGUGCACACAUGCCCAACAGUAGGAGAGAACACCAAGGUCACUGCAAAAUGGGUUGCACACCAGUGUGAGGCAAUGAUGAGAGUUGAUAUUGGCACACCAGUCACCACAAUAAUGCAGACACUGAAGAAGAACUAUGGAAUAGAGAUGUCCACCCAUAUGGCCUACAGGGCUAGGAAGCAAGCAUUGAAGGUUGUCCAAGGAGAUCAGAGAGGACAAUACACUAGAAUAAGAGAUUAUUUGCAGGCUGUGUUGGAUACAAACCCAGGCUCUAGAUGUAUUGUUACUACUAGGCAUGUACCAGAGCACCCAAGCAAAAACCCUAGGUUUCAUGGCCUCUUUUUCUGUCUAAGUGCUUGCAAAGAAGGGUUUUUGAAUGGAUGCAGACCAUUCAUAGGGGUAGAUGGUUGUUUUAUCAAGCUGUCAACAGGUCAACAGAUCCUUGCUGCAACAGGAAGGGAUGGGAACAAUAAUAUCUACCCUAUAGCAUUUGGAGUUGUUGACAAAGAGGACAAAGACAGCUGGACCUGGUUCUUAACACAGCUUAAAGAUGCACUUGGUGGAGAAAGUGGGAAGUUUGGUUAUUAUACCAUCAUCUCUGAUAGGCAGAAGGGGCUUUUAAAUGCAAUAAACCAUGUUUUCCCCAAUUGUCCACAAAGAUUCUGCCUUAGACAUAUCUACCAGAAUUUCCAAACUGCUGGUUUUAGAGGUGAUGAAUUAAAGAAACACAUGGAUGCAGCUAGCAACUCUUAUACUGAGAAUGAACACCUUGAUGCAAUGAAUGCUUUGAAAAGAGAGUUUUCUGCAAUAGUGAAAGCUAAGUUGCAGCCAGAGGACUUUGUUGCUGAUUUCUUCAAAAAGGAAAUGUAUAAAAAAGCAUUUGCACAUAUUAUAUUUCCUGUGCCUGAAAAGCCAUAUGUGAAUAAGAUGGAUAUGAGGAAGUUUUUCGAUGGUAUCUACGCCGUCAGCGACUGA